CUUUCGAUAUCUUUCAGCACGUUCGUAUCAUCUCACGACAAGAUCUAGGUCAACAUCAAAUUUGAGUAUGUUUAUUAUCUUAUUCGGCGCUGUCUUGCCGAUCUUUUGGGCCCGAAGAAUCGAGGCGAGUGUGUUGGUCGCCGACACUACCAUGUCCAGGAUGGUGGAGCUGAAUGCCGACGCACCCUUCUGCGCUCUUUACAGCGACCGCGGGGUCAUUCAGAGAAUGGUACUUGGUGCGGACCCCAGAAAAGUUCGACAAAUUUCCAGCAAUCUCGUCGCCGAUCUGGAGGAAACCUGUAAGGCUUCGCGAAAUAAAGGGAAGAAUCAAGCGCCCGGCGGUGGUUUAAUAUAUCCUGGUACUAAGUGGUGUGGACCAGGUAACGUGGCCAGUUCCUACAAUGAUUUAGGCCACCAUUCAGUCGAGGAUGCUUGCUGCAGGGAACAUGACCAUUGCUCAACCACAAUAGCGCCGCAACAAUGCAUACACGGCAUAUGCAAUAACUCGCCAUUUACUCGCUCAUAUUGCGAUUGCGACGCCAAAUUCCGCAGAUGUUUACAGAAUCUCAAUACCGAGGUGGCCAAUACCCUCGGCGCGCUUUUCUUCAAUGUAAUUCAGGUUAUCUGUUUCAAAGAAAGACGACCGUGCUCGCAGUGGCAAAGGAACGGCUACGCGGAGGCUGUGUCUGAUCGAUUGUGCUCACAAUACAAGUUCCGACCUAGUGACAAAUACGUGCCUAUGAUGCCUCUGAGUAUGAACAAAUGAAUUUGGAAGCUCGGAGAAAAAGGCAGCCCCCGCUCGCGGAAAG